AUACUCCAGAUCUCAAAGAUCAUCUGCAAUCUUCACAGGUACCUUCACUGGCACAGAGAUGCUUUUCUCUGUCCUUCUUUUGCUGGGCAUCUGCCUGGUGCCGGCUCACGCCGAGCAAGCAGGGAAAUAUCUCGGCAGUCCUUUCCUUCAAGACUGUUUUGAGGAGGCAAAGAAAAUUGUGGAUGAUGCAUACAAGUACUCCAGGGAAGAGAGUCUGCGUCGAGUCCGCAGGGAUGUGGUGAGACCUCAAGAUAUUCUUCGUCUCCUGAAGCAGCCUCGUGGAGACACACGCUCAGCUGUGAGAUCUGCAGACUACAUGGGACAAACCCUCCGUCUGGUGCACGACAGGGUGCACCAUGUGCACAAACGCUCACUCAACGCAACAGAUUUGCUCACUACAGAGGACCUGGAAAGGCUUGCCGCUAUAACCGGAUGUGCUGCUCGAACCAGAAUUCCAUCCUGCCGUACCACACAAAACAUUAACAAGUAUCGCACAAUCACGAGCGUCUGCAACAACCUAAACAAACCUCGCCUCGGAGCCUCCAACACUCCCUUCCGCCGCUUGCUGGCCGCCGAAUAUGACGAUGGCAUCUCCCAACCAAAAGGAUGGAACAACCGAAGGAUCAACAACUUCCUGCUCCCCCUGGUCCGACAAGUGUCCAAUAACAUCCUCAGUACAAAUGACGGAGGUGUGGUUAGCGACAGAGAAUUCACUCACAUGGUGACCUUGUUUGGCCAGUGGAACGACCACGAUCUCACCUUCACGCCCUUCUCCCCCAGCAUCCGCUCCUUUAGUAAUGGGGUGAACUGUGAUGAAAGCUGUGAGCGAACUGAGCCGUGCAUCCCCAUCGCGAUUCCUCCCAAUGACCCCCGUAUUCGCCCAGGCCCAGAGAGCUGCAUCCCUUCGUUUAGAUCAGCCCCUGUUUGCGGAACAGGAUUCUCAGCCUACAAUUUUGGCGGAGAGCCCAACAAGAGAGAGCAGAUCAAUGCCCUGACAGCCUUCCUGGAUCUCAGCCAGGUUUACGGCUCUGAGGACAAGCUUGCCCUCUUUCUUCGUGACCUUGAUAGGGAUGGUGGACUGUUGCGAGUGAAUGCAGAGUUCAAAGACAACGGGCGUGAGCUGCUGCCCUUCCACCCUAUGCAGGUGAAAAUGUGUGCCACUCGUGGAAGAGUCACCAACAACACAAAUGCCAGAGAAGUGCCCUGUUUCAUUGCAGGUGAUACCCGUGUGGAUGAGAACAUCGCUCUGACCUCCAUCCACACACUGUUUUUGCGUGAGCAUAACCGCCUGGCUCGACAACUAAAGAGAUUAAACCCACACUGGGACAGUGAGACGCUCUACCAAGAGGCUCGCAAGAUCAUGGGUGCUUACACACAGGUGUUUGUGUUCCGGGACUACCUGCCACACAUUGUGGGUGACGAAGCAAUGAGAAGACAGCUUGGCCGUUACCCAGGCUACAAUCCCAACAUUGACCCCAGCAUCUCCAAUGUCUUUGCAACAGCAGCCUACCGCUUCGCCCACUUGGCCAUUCAGCCGUUCUUGUCCCGUCUGGAUGCCAACUUCAGAGAAAACCGUCAGUUCCCUAAUGUCCCCUUGUUCAAGGCCUUCUUUACCCCCUGGAGAAUUAUCUUUGAGGGUGGCAUUGACCCUCUGCUGAGGGGUCUGAUUGACCGUCCUGCUAAGCUGAACACUCAGGAUCACAUGAUGGUUGAUGCUCUGAGGGAGAGGUUGUUCCAGUUUGUGAUGGAAAUGGCUUUGGACCUGGGUUCUCUCAACAUGCAGAGGGGACGUGAUCAUGGCUUGCCUGGCUACAACGCCUGGCGCAGGUUCUGUGGCCUGUCACAGCCCAGGAACCAGGUAGAGCUUGGUCGGGUUCUGAACAACAGCAACCUGGCCCGCAGACUUCUGCAGCUCUACGGUACACCUGACAAUAUCGAUGUCUGGCUGGGAGGUGUUGCAGAGCCGUUUGUCCGCGGUGGCCGUGUGGGGCCUCUGUUCGCCUGUCUUAUCGCAAACCAGUUCAGGGAUAUCCGCCGAGGUGACAGGCUGUGGUACCAGAACCCGGGUGUCUUCACUCCGAGACAGAGGACUACCCUGUCCCGUGCUUCCCUGUCCAAGAUCAUCUGUGACAACACCGCCAUCACUUCCGUCCCCAGAGACGUAUUCAACCUUCAGACAGGCAGGAACCCACGCAUCCGCUGCGCCUCCAUCCGCAGCCUGGAUCUGAUGGCCUGGAGGGAGAGACCAUGUACAGGGAACUCAGGCCCGGGUGAUGAUAACUGUGAUGAAGUCAGUAAAUCACAGGAUGCACGUUCAUUUCCGGACCCCAUGGACCACCAGGAACCCCUGGACAACGAGGAUGCAGGUUCAUUUCCGGACCCCGUGGACUACCAGGAGCCCCUGGACAACGAGGUUGCAGAUUCAUUUCCGGACGCCGUGGACUACCAGGAACCCCUGGACAACGAGGUUGCAGAUUCAUUUCCGGACCCCGUGGACUACCAGGAGCCCCUGGACAACGAGGCUGCAGAUUCAUUUCCGGGCCCCGUGGACUACCAGGAACCCCUGGACAAUGAGAUCCCGCAGGACCCCCUGGCCUGAGAGGCCCUCCUGGAUCACCAGCAGUCAGCAUCAAUGCCAUACAGCCACAAUCUGCCUUCUCCAUCCGCCUGGGCGAGUACAAUCCAUCCUCUGA